UAAGAUCAAGAUGGCGGUGGUUAACGCGGCAGUAAUUUGGCUGAUAAUAGCGGCUGUUGUGGGGAUAAUUUUACUCAUAGCUACUUUUGUGGCGAACAGAAACAAGAAGAAAAAUAAGAAAGGUACAUCUAGACAACCAGACCAAGUAGACAAUGUUAGGGAAGUUGGUGGAGCAAGGAGACGUGGAAGAACAGCUCAUUCACUGAUGACAUCCAGAAGGGUGCAUGAUGAUGAUGAUGAUGAAGAUGAUGACGAUUAUGAAGGGACAGAAAGUUACUCCAUGGGGCUUGAUAAUCAGAUGCCUGUGGGAAAAAUUGGAGCAAAAAAACAAAGGAAACUUGAGAUGAAAGAGGAGAAGAGACAACUCAGAGAGCAAAUGGAGGCUGAGAGAGAAGACAAAAAGCAACGGGAAGCAUUACGUGAUGAGGAAAGGAAGAGACAAGAAGCAAGAAGGAGAAAAGAAGAAGAACGACUGGAAGAAGAGGAACGCAAGAGAAAAGAGGAACAAGAACAGAAAGAACAUGAAGAAUAUCUGUUGUUAAAAGAACAGUUUACAGUGGAAGAGGAAGGUGUUGGUGAGACAGCAGAAGAAUCUGAAGCACUUCUGGAAGAAUUUGUGAACUACAUAAAGACUAACAAAGUGGUGUUGUUGGAGGAGCUAGCUUGUCAGUUUGGUCUUCGCACUCAAGAUGCUAUUGACCGACUACAAGAUUUACAGGAAAUGGAAAGGAUAACAGGAGUGACAGAUGAUCGGGGGAAGUUCAUUUACAUAUCCCCUGAAGAAUUGCAAGCUGUAGCUAAGUUCAUCAAGCAACGAGGAAGAGUGACGAUCAGUGAACUUGCAGAAAGCAGCAACACACUUAUCAAUCUACAGACAGAUAAGUCUCACACAGAUUCUACACCAUUGGCUCAAGUAACAGCAUAAGAUUAUCCCUUUGACACUAAGAGUGACGGGCAAUUUCUCCUCACAAUAUCACCCUGAAUCAAACAUUAAGGUCAGGAGAAUACAGGAAAUGAUCACCGACUAAAGAUGCAUUUGAUUGUUAGAAAAAUUCUCCUUGUAAGCAACUUAGGAAAUGGAGAAUAUGCAUACUUAUGUAAAGGUUAAGCAAGUAUUGUGACAACCUUGACUGAUAACAAAGUUUUGAGAUAUUUAUUUUUCAUUGUGAAAAUGUUUAUGAUGCUAAUUUGUUAUACACUGUUUCAUUUUCCCUCUACUCAUUUCACUGCACUUUUCAGUUUAAUUUAAAAACUUCUUUGACAUUUAGAUGAACAUUAAACAUGUAAAACUGUGUUUAGUGUUUAUCUGAACUUCAAAAAAAGUUUUUAAAUCAAACUGUUUAGAGGUGUGGAAUGAGACAAAGGAAAACAAAUCAGUGCCUAGCUCAAAUUCAUAUUUUGAAUCCUUGUGUGUGGAUAUUGGUGAUCUUUGGUUUAAGCUUUUCGAACCAGUUUCAUUUUACUAUUACUAUGUUUCAGAUUGUUAUAAUGAUAACAAUGGUAAUAAUAAGAUACAAGAGAUAGAAAAAUACAGAACUGGUUUGAAAAGUUUUAAGCCCAAAAAUGAAAUUUGUUGUUGACUCCAAUACACUACAUGUAAAGUUCUAUGAAUUGUUAAAAUAACAGUACUUAAAAUACUGUUUGCUCUCUGAUAAAUGUUAUCCAUGUGUGAAUCAAACAUUUGAAAAUACCACAGCUGUAGCUAUUGGUAUUGUCAGUUUGAAUCACUCCAUUUAUGAACAAAUUGUAGUGGGGCAAGGGCAUUUUAUUGAAUAAAUAUAAUAUUAAAUUAAUAAUGCUACUUACAUAUUUUUUGGCAAGUGACUACUGAUGUGUUCUUAGAAAGAAAAGUUAAACGAUAAAAGAAUAUGUACACAAAAGCAACUAACAUGUUAUAUCACCUACUCUGUAUUUCAGGUAAAAAUUUCAUAAGCAUAAAAGCAAUGGUGUAUUUAUCACACUUCAAGACUGCACUUGUCUAGUACUUCACAUAAAAGUCUAAGUAGAACAAGUAUGAUACAACAGUAUUCUCCUUUUCAAGUGAUAACUGCUUAAAUUAACUACUUGAAUUGCAUCUUAUUAGUGCCUAACAUGGCUUGGAAUUCCUGAAAAUUUUUUUUUGUUGUUAGACACUUCUAAAGGGUGCAGACCCUCUAAAUCUUAAUGUUUCUUUGAAGGCUGUUCAUUCACACUAGUGUUGAUUACUACCUCCUGCUUUACUUGUUUUCCUGUGCCAACAGGGAAAUUACACUCAUGGUGAAUUCUCCAAUUCAAGUAAAUGCAAAUUUUUAACAGUCAUCUAUGAUUGCUAGUGAGGAGGCUCUGCAGUCUAACCCUAAAUCAGUCCUGGUUGGCUCUGAAACUUGUGGAGGCCAUCUGGACUGGUCAGCACCUCACAAUGUGGCUUGUGUAUCUUCAUUUCAGGAACCCUCAAUCCCUAGCCUUUACUUUCAAGUCUACCUUCCCAGGAUACCCCUCUAGAAGCCGCACAUCCACAAAUUUGGCAAAGUUAGCUCUUUUUAUUGCUUCAAUUCCAAUGUCCCUGAAAAAUAUUGUGAUGCAAAUUAAUCAGGAUUUAUAUUUUUUAAGCCUGUUCAAAAGUAAGUUUACAGCCCCCAGAAACUCAAUUCU